AUGUACCAAGAAGGUACUGCGGGCGAGAACGACCGGUUUCUUAAACAACAGAAACGGACUGGCCUCAGAGCCUCGCGUUCACUCCUCUCGCACAGACACCCAGAGCAGGUGAACAUUCUGGAAGAUUCCAGCGACAGCCCCAAGAGACGCCGGCUGGGACGCAGGCCCCUGCCAAUGUUGGGUGAACACCGUGGCACCUUCAUCGUGGCGGCCUACAUGCUGGUCAAGCUACUCUACCUAGUCAAUGCUAUCGGUCAGCUUUUCCUCAUGCAGAGGUUCCUGGGCUUCCACGAUGACAAUCGACCUUUCGGUUUCCAGGUUCUGGACAACAUUAUUAAAGGCCACGACUGGGAGAUGACCAUGGUCUUCCCGCGCGUGGGCUUCUGCUUCACACAGAUGAAACUGCUCGGUGUUCAAACCAACGGUGUCACCGCUCAGUGUGCUCUGCCCGUGAACAUGCUCAAUGAGAAGAUCUACAUCUUCCUGUGGUGGUGGAUCCUUGCCGCUGUCAUCAUCACCUUCAUCAGUCUGAUUCUCUGGUUGAUUCGUCUGUGCAGUCGUUCGCGAGAGGCCAACUACGUUGCGAAGUACAUUGAUCUGGGUGACGAUCUGAUCCCCUAUGACGAACAGGAGGCCUUCCGAUUCGCCUCCAUCUUCCUUCGCCGUGACGGCAUGUUCCUCGUCCGGAUGAUCCGGCUCAACGCUGGUGAGGUGGUGGCCGCG